AUGCCUAGUUGUCUCUGCAUUCUAUUGACAGGACUGUCUUGUGUCCUGUGGAAUGCAGUUAUGGGUUUUGAUGGGCUGCGGUUAGUUGGCGGAGAUGAUGAAUGUUCUGGUCGCGUGGAGGUGCUGCGUCAUAAGCAGUGGGUAACAGUGUGUGACCAUGGCUGGGGCUUCAGAGAGGCACAUGUGGUGUGUCUGGAGCUGGGCUGUGGAUUUGCAGAGUACCCCACCCAGGGACAAGCUUUUGGGCCUGGCUCAACUGCGAUCUGGAUCAAACAUGUGCAGUGUUCUGGACAUGAGUCCAGUCUGUCACAAUGCUCUGUUAUCCUCGGUAGUGACCUCCAAUGCACUCACCAGAAUGAUGCAGGGGUCAAAUGCUCAGGAUCUCUUUUCAAACCCACUCUUGCAAUGGUUUCGCCCCAUACUGUGUUUUCUGUUGGGGAGUCCGUGCGCUUCAGCUGCCAUAUUCUGGUGGGACCGUCCCACGUCAGUGACUUCCACCUCCAUAAAGACGGAGUGCUGACUCCUCUAGUGACACAGAGAGUAGAGCAGAGCCAGUCCCGGGUCGAGCUCACACUGUCCGAUUUGGAGACGUUUCAUCAGGGCAGCUACAGUUGUCGCUAUAUGAUCAAGGGCAACUUCCCAGCUCAUCUGCUCCACUCCCCUCCCAGUAACUCCAUCAACAUCACUGUAGUGGAUCUUCUCACUCCUCAGCAUUGGUACAACACGUCACUGGAUGCACCGCCUGGCUCAGUGAUCCGGGGCCACAAUUUCAACAUCACCUGCUCCACUCUGCAGCAGUAUCCAGGAGCAUCUUUCCAGCUGCGUUUGGUCCGCACCAAUGGGACAGUGCGACACUCUCUACCUGCCCCUGCGCCCUUUGUUACUUUCACUUUUCCCAGUGCUCAGACUUCAGACGAGGGCUACUACUACUGUCUGUACAGGGUCCAGCUCGGAGGGCGUACCUUUGUCUCCAGAGAGAGUCAGCCACUGCCCAUCUCCGUCAGAGACCCAGACCCUUUGUUGAGUCCAUUGAUGAUAAGCUGGCUGGUGUCAGCCCUCACGUUUGUUAUAGCUGCCAUCUUUAUUCUAAUUGUCGCCAAAUUCCUGUGUAACAAACAGAAGAAGCCAUCUGAACUAGCACGAGAGACUCGAACCUGUGUGGACAACACUUAUGUUGCCUUAUCGAUAAACAAGUUAUGA